AUGAGCAUAACCAUAAACGCAGUGGACGCAAUGGAGUACGUCGAGGAUGACAACAUUACCGGUGCAUCAGACGACGAUGACGAUGACAAUCCCAGCAGUCCGGGCAGUGCGUACGAUGAUGGGAACCUUAUCAACGUUGCCAUGGAGAAUGAAGUCACCGCACAGCUGGUGGCAGCCGGUGUCGUCGGUGUUGCAGCCGCGGCCGCCAUCACAUCGUCCAAGAAGAAAAAGCGGCCUCACUCAUUCGAGACGAACCCAUCCAUCCGCAAGCGGCAGCAGAACCGAUUGCUGCGGAAGUUGCGACAAACGAUUUUCGAGUACGCCACGCGUGUUGGACAGCAGGCGGUCGUGUUGGUCGCCACCCCUGGCAAACCAAACAAUAUCUACAAAGUAUUUGGAGCCAAACCGCUGGAGGAUGUGUUGAAGAAUUUGCGCAAUAACGUGAUGGACAAGCUGGAUGAGGCACUGGCCGCUCAGGCACCGCCACGGGUUCAGGAUGAUCCUUCCCUGUUUGAACUUCCGCCGCUCAUCAUCGACGGCAUACCGACACCAGUGGAGAAGAUGACACAGGCACAGCUUCGUGCGUUCAUUCCGCUGAUGCUGAAGUAUUCGACCGGGCGAGGAAAGCCGGGUUGGGGCAGAGACUCCACCAGGCCACCCUGGUGGCCAAAGGAGCUACCCUGGGCUAACGUUCGCAUGGAUGCACGCACUGAGGAGGAAAAACAAAAGAUAAGCUGGACUCACGCACUGAGAAAAAUUGUCAUAAAUUGUUACAAAUACCACGGCAGAGAAGAUCUGCUGCCCGCGUUCAGUGAAGAGGACGAGAAAGCGAACGCCAUAGCAACGGCUAGUUCGAAUGUUGAUGUGAUGAAGAUUGAAAACGGCAGCGUGGUGACAGUUGGCUCGGCCGGCAGUGGUAACACAACGACGGCCACCAUCACCAACGGUGCCGGUGGGCAACAGCAAAUCAUCAUCCAUCAAGCGCACCCGCAGCAGCACCAGCAGCAACAACAGGCACAGUCAAACGGACAGACCACGACGACGAUCACCAGCGCAAAUGGGCAGAUCAUAAAGGAGAACCCGGACGGCACCAUCCAGAUACAGCAACAGUCCUCACCCUCGCAGACCCUGAACGCGCAGGUUUGCUUAGACUCGAUGGCUCUAAGCGAUGUGGAUUUCACUCACACCGUAUUGCAGACCAUACAGAACCCCGAUGGUACCGUGUCACUCAUUCAGGUUGAUCCCAACAAUCCUAUCAUCACGUUACCGGACGGAACUACCGCACAAGUACAAGGAAUUGCAACCCUGCAGCAACAAGGCGACGGAGGUGUACAUGCAAUCCAAACUAUAUCAGACGGACAAGGUGAAAGCAUGUCGGUUGACCUGACGGAAGCAACCCUUGGUCAGGAUGGUCAGCUAAUAAUCACGGGAGAAGAUGGACAAGGCUAUCCAGUGAACGUGAGCGGUAUGAUCACCGUGCCAGUGUCCGCACAGAUGUACCAGACGAUGGUGGCUAACAUACAGCAGGUGCCGAAUGUGGAUGGAACCGUGUGUAUAACCCCGAUGCAGGUACAUAACUUAGCGUCCAACCAUGCGCAACAGCAGCAACAGCAACAGACCUCUUCCGUUGUUAGCACUGCUAGUACUACGACUCAGAACUUGACCAUUUCGACGAAUGUGGGUGGAUCGAAUCAGCAUCAAGCUACAGCAAUGCUGGCCAACUAUGCGUUGGCCAGCAAUGGGACACUUUUAGCCGUACCGCAAAUGCAACACCAUUUGCAACCCGGCAAGCAUCAGCGUGGCAACAACGUGUCACGCUCUUCCGCCCCAAUCGGCGGGUUGUCGAUGGUGGGCCUUAACGCGAUAUUGCCCUCAUCGCAGCGUGGUUCCUUUAACAUUUCCACCUCCAACCUCCAUCAGGCACAGGAAGCGGAUGCUAAUAAUCAAAAUAUUACUAAUAAUAACAACAAUAACCUGUCUCAACACGCUUUGAACGUUCACCGUAAAUCGAAUGUAAUACCAGGUGGCGGUACCAUCCUCGGUGGUACCACCGGUAUCGGUGGGAAUCAGAUCAAAUUUUGUAUACCAAAGAUUGAACCAAUGGACGAAGACAAAGACUGUACGGUGGUAUCUUCCGACAGUGGUGAUACGCACAGCUUUGUCAUACAACUGACUGGCCCCACAUUUACAACGACCGAUUCCAAAACCUCGCACCAACAGCAGCAGCAGCAGCAGCUGAAACGUGACAUUGAGCUGACAGUUAAUGAGGGCAGUCAUCUGAUCGAUGCGUUGAGCAUAAGUCAGAAAAUGAAUAGUAGCGGUAGCACCAACUCCUCGAACGUGGAGGUUGUUGAUCAGAAACAUUUUGGCUUGCAAAGUGUGUAG